UCGGCCGGGCGCCCGUUAGGUCGGCGCGGGAGCUCGCGGGGUGGACGCGCUCUCCUUGGCCCUCAGGGGCCUGGGAUCCGGCCCCCUUCCCUCCCGUAGCGCCCCCGCGCCGUUCCAAAUGACCAGUGCCUGGUGCUACCCCGCGCUGCAGGGCUGCGCAGGGCGGGCCCCCCGGAGGGCAUCACAGCCCGCCGAGGUGGGCGCCGUCCUCUCCGCGCUGUACGUCAGCCAGUGUCAGGCCGGGGCUUGAAUCCAGGCAGGCAGUGCCCCGGCCGUCCGCCCCUCUCAGCUCUCUGAGUUCCUUCUGACCUCGGGGUAUCGGCGCAUCAGUGACUGCUCUGGACACUUCCAGAUGCUUCAAAGUUUAAUUAAAAACGUCUGGGUCCCCUUGAAGCCAUACUAUACCCAAGUUUACCAGGAGAUUUGGGUAGGAAUGGGGUUGAUGACCUUCAUUGUUUAUAAAAUCCGAAGUGCUGAUAAAAGAAGUAAAGCCUUAAAAGGUUCAAGUCCUGCGCCUGCUCAUGGUCAUCAUUAACCAGCUCUCUUGAGUACGCAUGAGAUGAAACAUCUGUCUGCCUGUAACCUGAAGCAAGCUGUGUUAGUUGGGGACACACAAUGUCACUGUAUACCUCCAUAAGCAGUGCUUCCCUGUGGCAUGAAUAAAUGUACCUGUGAGAGGCACCACCCCACUCUGGACUGCUCUGCUCUGUGUGUCCCCCAGCAGACGCUUGGUGUGUAGCAGCUGUCCUCAGAGCCUCACCCACCCACCCUCCGAGAACUGUCCUGAAUGAGAAACUCACAUCAAGGUUGCUCACCAGAGGGGUUGGGCUUCUGGGUCUAGGCACUCAGUCGGAUUCCGAUAUUGAAUAAAUGUGUUUAGCAAGUG